UGGACAUCGCUCGUUAUCUAUUGUCUCACGUAGCUAUUCGGUUGAAUACAUACCAAGUUGGUGUUUAAAAAUGUUCGGGAAAUAUUUCAUUGCUUUUACUGUAAUAUUAUUUGCUGUAGUGGCAUUCGCCGAGGAAACAGAAAUUUCAAACAUCGAAGAAGUACCGGUGCAAGAUAUCCCGAAGAAGACGAAAAGAGGCAUUUACGGAGGUUACGGCUUGGGUUACGGAGGAUACGGUUACGGAUAUGGUUACGGGUUAAGAGGUCUAGGUCUCGGUUACGGAUAUUACGGAGGCUACCCAUAUUAUGGCGGAUAUGGUGGGUACGGAUAUUAUGGGUACCCAAGAUAUUACGGUGGCUACGGUGGUUACUACCCUUUCUAUGGAUACGGAACUCAAGUUGAUGUUGCUGUCGUCUUGAGAUGAAACGAUGAAUGAAUUUCGUUUCUUUCUUUUGAAGUUAGUAGCCGAUGUUAUAGCCGACCAACUUCUUACUAGGCUUGUCUUCCUUCCGCUUUGCUGAGUGUUGACCAAC